AUGCUUGUAUCUUUCGCGAUAGGAAAGCGACACAGGCAAAAGUCUAUUCCAGAGGGCGCACCGCUUGAAGAAUCGGCCAAUGGCCACCCUGCGACCCACGCGAUCUUGAGUCGGUUGGGUCUGAUCAAGCAUGCAGAAGAGGCGAUCCAUGAUCCUCAAGAGAUCCUCGCGGAAAUCAGCGAGUAUUUGAAAUCGGUCCUGACAGCAGCCGACUGCAUGGAGUCCACCGAAUCCACUGAACCCAGCGAACCCACCCUGUCCGGCGAUCCGUCUCCAGAGCCGGGAACGCCGCGAGACACUUUGGAACAACAGUUGGUCUCACCAACGUCCGAGAACCACAGCAUGUGGGAUCUGCAGGCCAUUCCACAAUCGUUAACUGGUUCUUUUCCCAUGUACGACUGCUUGGAGGUCAUGCCAUCGCAACAGCCAAGCAUCUCGCAAUCGAUGACCGGGAUCUCGUAUCAGGAACCGGUCCUGCCUUCGCAUAUUGUCGAGAACAACGAACCCUGCAACUCAAGAUACAGUUUCGGUGACAUCCCUUGUCAGAGAAACGACCAUUCAGCAGCUUUUUCAUGGCCUGUCCCAUAUCAUGAUGCCGCCAACUUGCUUCCUAACAAUGAUUAUCGGAUUCCAGUCCAGGAGCAACAAGCUUGCCCGACCUCACACUUGUUCCACAGCUCUGACGCAACUAAUCCCAACAGAUAA